GCCGCGCCUCCGCCGCGCGGUGGCCGGCGACCUGAAAGAAAUAAAAGGAUCGGGAUAAUAAUCGCAAUAAUAAAAUAAAGAGAAAAGGGGAAGAAAAGAGGGAGGCGAGAGAAUAAGGAGAAUAAAAGGAGGCCGGGCUGCUUUGCAUUGAAGACCGGGGCGCUAUUGAAAAGCGCUUGAAAAGCGGCGUUGUUCGGAGCGGGUGCGCGCCGCGGCCGGCGCGGUAUAUUAGAGCGGGGCGGCGGCGGCGGCGGGCAGCAGCGGCGGCGCCUCCUCCUCCUCCGCCUCCUUUUCCUCCUCCCCUCCUGGUCUACCCGUCCCGUCCCGUCCCGGAGCGAGCGGCGGCGGCGGCCUGCAGGCGGGCAGCAGCGCGGCGGCGGCGGCAUGCGUGCGCCCCGGCGGGCAGCCGCGGCGGCGUGCUCUCUCCUCAUCUUCCUCCUCCUGGGGCUGCGGGCACAGGUGACUUUAGCAUCGGGACAGUUCGAGUUGGAGAUCUUAUCCAUGCAAAAUGUGAAUGGUGAACUGCAAAAUGGAAAUUGCUGUGAUGGCACCCGGAACCCAGGAGAUAAAAAAUGCACCAGAGACGAGUGUGAUACCUAUUUUAAAGUUUGCCUGAAGGAGUAUCAGUCGCGGGUCACUGCUGGCGGUCCUUGCAGCUUUGGAUCCAAAUCCACUCCUGUCAUUGGAGGAAAUACCUUCAAUUUAAAGUAUAACCGGAAUAAUGAAAAGAACCGGAUUGUUAUCCCUUUCAGCUUCGCCUGGCCGAGAUCCUACACACUGCUCGUUGAGGCAUGGGAUUACAAUGAUAACUCUACUAAUCCCGAUCGCAUUAUUGAGAAGGCAUCCCACUCUGGCAUGAUCAAUCCAAGCCGUCAGUGGCAGACUUUGAAACAUAAUGCAGGAGUUGCCCACUUUGAGUAUCAAAUCCGUGUGACUUGUGCAGAACAUUACUAUGGCUUUGGCUGCAACAAGUUUUGUCGACCGAGAGAUGACUUCUUCACUCACCAUACCUGUGACCAGAACGGCAACAAAACCUGCUUGGAAGGCUGGAUGGGACCAGAAUGCAACAAAGCUAUUUGUCGUCAGGGAUGUAGCCCCAAGCACGGUUCUUGCACAAUUCCAGGAGAGUGCAGGUGUCAGUAUGGAUGGCAAGGCCAGUACUGUGAUAAGUGCAUUCCACACCCAGGAUGUGUCCAUGGCACUUGCAUUGAACCAUGGCAAUGCCUCUGUGAAACCAACUGGGGUGGUCAGCUCUGUGACAAAGAUCUGAACUACUGUGGAACGCACCCACCCUGUUUGAAUGGUGGUACCUGCAGCAACACUGGCCCUGAUAAAUACCAAUGUUCCUGCCCUGAGGGCUACUCGGGACAGAACUGUGAAAUCGCGGAGCACGCCUGCCUCUCUGAUCCUUGUCACAACGGAGGAAGCUGCUUAGAGACGUCUACAGGAUUUGAAUGUGUGUGUGCGCCUGGCUGGGCUGGACCAACUUGCACUGACAAUAUUGAUGAUUGUUCUCCAAAUCCCUGUGGUCAUGGAGGAACUUGCCAAGAUCUAGUUGAUGGAUUUAAGUGUGUUUGCCCACCUCAGUGGACUGGCAAAACUUGCCAGCUAGAUGCGAAUGAAUGUGAGGGCAAACCCUGUGUCAAUGCCAACUCCUGCAGGAACCUGAUUGGCAGCUACUAUUGCGACUGCAUUACUGGCUGGUCUGGCCACAACUGUGAUAUAAAUAUUAACGACUGUCGUGGACAAUGUCAGAAUGGAGGAUCCUGUCGGGACUUGGUUAAUGGUUAUCGGUGUAUCUGUUCACCUGGCUAUGCAGGAGAUCACUGUGAGAAAGACAUCAAUGAAUGUGCAAGUAACCCUUGCAUGAAUGGGGGUCACUGCCAGGAUGAAAUCAAUGGAUUCCAAUGUCUGUGUCCCGCUGGUUUCUCAGGAAACCUCUGUCAGCUGGACAUAGAUUAUUGCGAGCCAAAUCCUUGCCAGAAUGGUGCCCAGUGCUUCAAUCUUGCUAUGGACUAUUUCUGUAACUGCCCUGAAGAUUACGAAGGGAAGAACUGCUCCCACCUGAAAGAUCACUGCCGCACAACUCCUUGUGAAGUAAUUGACAGCUGUACUGUGGCAGUAGCUUCUAACAGCACACCGGAAGGAGUUCGUUAUAUUUCUUCAAACGUCUGUGGUCCUCAUGGAAAAUGCAAGAGCCAAGCAGGUGGAAAAUUCACCUGUGAAUGCAACAAAGGAUUCACUGGCACCUACUGUCACGAGAAUAUUAAUGACUGCGAGAGCAACCCCUGUAAAAAUGGUGGCACUUGUAUCGAUGGCAUCAACUCCUACAAAUGUAUUUGUAGUGAUGGAUGGGAAGGAACAUAUUGUGAAACAAAUAUUAAUGACUGCAGUAAAAACCCUUGCCACAAUGGAGGAACUUGCCGAGACUUGGUCAACGACUUCUUCUGUGAAUGUAAAAAUGGGUGGAAAGGAAAAACCUGCCACUCCCGUGACAGCCAGUGCGAUGAGGCAACGUGCAACAACGGAGGAACGUGUUAUGACGAGGGGGACACUUUCAAGUGCAUGUGUCCUGCAGGAUGGGAAGGAGCCACUUGUAAUAUAGCAAGGAACAGCAGCUGCCUGCCAAACCCCUGUCAUAACGGUGGUACCUGCGUGGUCAGCGGGGAUUCUUUUACUUGUGUCUGCAAGGAGGGCUGGGAAGGACCCACGUGCACCCAGAACACAAACGACUGCAGUCCUCAUCCCUGUUACAAUAGUGGCACUUGUGUGGAUGGAGACAACUGGUACCGCUGCGAAUGUGCUCCGGGCUUCGCAGGCCCUGACUGCAGGAUCAAUAUCAAUGAAUGUCAGUCUUCACCCUGUGCCUUUGGAGCUACAUGUGUAGACGAGAUUAAUGGGUACCGUUGCAUUUGCCCACCGGGUCGUAGUGGUCCAGGAUGCCAAGAAGUUACAGGAAGGCCUUGCAUUACCAGCGUUCGAGUGAUGCCAGAUGGGGCUAAGUGGGAUGACGACUGUAAUACCUGUCAGUGUUUGAACGGGAAAGUCACCUGUUCUAAGGUUUGGUGUGGUCCUCGACCUUGUGUUGUACAUGCCAAAGGUCAUAACGAAUGCCCAGCUGGACACGCUUGUGUUCCUGUUAAAGAAGACCACUGCUUCACGCACCCCUGUGCUGCGUUGGGGGAAUGUUGGCCUUCGAAUCAGCAGCCCGUGAAGACCAAAUGCAAUUCUGAUUCUUACUACCAAGACAACUGUGCCAACAUCACCUUUACCUUUAAUAAAGAAAUGAUGGCACCGGGGCUUACCACAGAGCACAUUUGCAGUGAAUUGAGGAAUCUGAAUAUUCUGAAGAAUGUUUCUGUUGAAUAUUCCAUCUAUAUUACCUGUGAGCCUUCACACUUGGCAAAUAAUGAAAUACAUGUUGCUAUUUCUGCAGAAGAUAUAGGGGAAGAUGAAAACCCAAUCAAAGACAUCACGGAUAAGAUUAUUGACCUUGUCAGUAAGCGCGAUGGUAACAACACGCUGAUCGCUGCAGUUGCGGAAGUCAGAGUACAACGGCGACCAGUUAAAAACAAAACAGAUUUCUUGGUGCCGUUACUGAGCUCGGUCCUAACAGUAGCCUGGAUCUGUUGCCUGGUAACUGUUUUUUAUUGGUGUAUUCGAAAGCGCAGAAAGCAGAGCAGCCAUACUCACACGGCCUCCGACGACAACACUACCAACAACGUAAGGGAGCAGCUGAACCAGAUAAAGAACCCCAUUGAGAAACACGGAGCAAAUACUGUCCCGAUUAAAGACUAUGAAAACAAAAACUCUAAAAUUGCCAAAAUAAGGACACACAAUUCAGAGGUGGAGGAAGACGACAUGGACAAACACCAGCAGAAGGCCCGAUUUGCCAAGCAGCCAGCGUACACUUUGGUAGACAGAGAUGAAAAGCCCCCCAACAGCACACCUACAAAACACCCGAACUGGACAAAUAAACAAGACAACAGAGACUUGGAAAGUGCACAAAGCCUAAAUCGGAUGGAGUACAUCGUAUAGCAGACAGUGGGGUGCUGCCAUGCAGGGCCUUUAAAUAUCAUUAUAAAGGCACUCAAGAGCUUGUAGUUCUUAAACUGUUGUGUAAUAUUUGAGUCUAAGGCUAUUAUUUACUUAGAAUCCCUGUGUUAAUUUAAGUUUUGACAAGCUGGCUUACACUGGCAAUGAUAGUUGCUGUGGUUGGCUGGGAUACCAAGUGCUGCAUUUCACAUCUAUGCAAAACUAGUCAAAAGUGCCCUCAUGUAAAUUCAGCUGUAGCUGAUACAUCACCGAAACGUUUCAUAAGGUAUUACAUAGCCUUAUUACUCUUCCUUAGUGUUAAUUUUUUUUUUUUCUGCCAGAUGUCCCGAUUUAUACAGUUUCUUUAGAAUAAUACAUUUUAUUUAUAUUUAUUGAAUUUGAGUUUUUUGUAUAUUGGUUUUAUGGUGACGUACAACUAGUUCUGUAUUUGAAAGUGCCUUUGCAGCUCGGAACCACAGCAACUAUCAAAAAUAAGUUUAUUAUUUAUUUUUUUAUUGUAUUUUUGUUGGGGGCGGGUGGGGGGAACUUGUCAGCAGUUGCUGGUAAAUGAAGAAUUUAAAGAGGAAAAUGUGUCAAAAAUAGAAGUUUGUAUAGAUAUGUAAAUAAUUCUUUUUUUAUUAAUCACUGUGUAUAUUUGAUUUAUUAACUUAAUAAUCAAGAGCCUUAAAAUAUCAUUCCUUUUUAUUUAUAUGUAUGUGUUUAGAGUUGAAGGUUUUUGAUAGCAUUGUAAGCUUGUGGCUUCUCUAUUUUGAAUUUAUUUUCUUGUUACAUGUUGCCUAUAUGCCAAAACUAAGGUGUUCUAAAAUAGUUUAUUUUUAAUAGGAUGGGCUUUCAUGCCUUGAUGCUGGUUUUUGUACAAAUGUCAAACGUUUGAAACACCUUCCAUAGUAUCACUUUAAGACUCUUUGUAAGUACUGACUGAGGCAGUUUAGAUAAUUAGACUAGAAAAUUUUUUUGCUGCUUUAGACUUGAAAAACGAGUGACAGGCAGAUAAUCUGCUAAGAAGCAGUUUAAGGGAACAAAACUGAGCUAUUACUUUAUGUAGAUGAAAUGUGAGUGGUUGCAUGUAAUUAAAAUAUCAGAUUAGCGUGUGAAGUUGGAAACACAGCAAUCUUAUUUUGUAAAUUCUGAUUAUUUUUUUUUUCUCACCAUGAAUAUGUAAUACUGAACCACUUGUAGAUUUGACUUUUUUUGUAAUCUACUGCAUUUAGGGAGUAUUCUAAUAAGCUAGUUGUUGAAUACUUGAACAGUAGAAUGUCCAGUAAGAUCACUGUGUAGGUUUGCCAUAGAUUACACUGCCCGCCUUAACAAGUGAGGAAAUCAAAGUGCUAUUACGACGUUUAAGAUCAAAAGGCUUAUAAACAUAGUAAUCUCAGUGGUUAACCAUUGAGAUCACGAAGAUACCUUGUAUUGUGAUAUUAGUGUUAUAUGAAAAUGCAUCUUUGAUGUGUUGUUCCUGGCAAUAAAUCUUGAAAAGUAAUAUUUAUUAAAUUUUUUGUAUGAAAACAUGAAAGAGCGUGGAGAUUAUUGAGCUCGGAGGCACUCCCCAUGAGUGAGUUGUGCAAAACCAGGGGCAGGUGCCGGUUUACAUCUCCAAGACCUGCCGCCGAUUUGAGUGGAGUCAGGUGUUUUGUUAGAGGAUUACACAGUCCCCUCUGGCUCUCACUCAAACUGAAGGGGUUUGAAAGCAGCAUGUCCCUUGCUCUCAGUGACUUUUGGCUAACAUAGCUCCAUGUACUUCUAAGAGGAGGAGGAUGAUGAUGAUGUGACUGGAAUUGUGCAACAAGUUUACUUUGCGUGGGCCAAUGAGCUGCCACCAGGUAGUAACCAAAUCUAAGUAGCUAGGCAAGACACAAACUGCUGACCUGGAUGGGAAAGGAUCCAUAGAUCAUACUGAUUUCUAAUGGGCAAAAAGUGCUUUGUAAAGCAUAAAAUACACUCUUGAAAUAUUCAAGACAACGGCUUUCAAUGCUUAACUCGUGCAGCCCCUCCUGCGCACGAGGGGCUGCAUGUAGAAGUAGGGGUUAGCUGUCGGACAGUCUUAGUUAACACACUUUUGUGAUGAAGCUGCAAAUUUGUUUUGGUCAGGUGCUGGUACAAAUCCGAAGGAAAAAUGAACAGUGUGUAACAAACGCAAUUAAAAAAUGUUAUAAUAAUAGCGUCAGGCUGCUUCUUGUACUUCAGCUUAAAGCAACCCACUGCAAGGUUAGGCCUUUUCAUCCAUAUUUCGUUUGUAGCAAAUACAGAUACUUUAUAUAAAGAUUGCUGCGAUGUGAAUAUGAUGAACACGUAAAAAAUCCGCUAGCGAGACGUACUCUGUUUCUGUACCUUUUUUACAGCUGUCUAAAAAAAAAAAAAACCUGGCAA